UGUGGCCAUUUUGUUAGCGGUCAUGCGCAUUACUCUUCACUACUAUAAAGACGUUGAUGACGUCAUGCCUCAUAACCAAGCACAAAGUUUCACGAGCAAAGGAGGUCAAGGUCACGGAAGUGUAUCAAACCAAGGUCAUGUAAGUGUUUCAAAUCGAGAUAGCGCCUACGACCCAAGCAGUCUCGUACAAGACAAACACAUUCUCCGGGAGACGUCACUGAUCGGUGCAACUGUUAUUUCAAGAUCAAAUACGUCAUGGUCACGUGACGAUGGCGCGUGCAAUGGGGAUACUAGUUUCGUGAAGACAGUUUUACACUCGCCGGCUGGAGAUACAACAAUCUACGUUCACCCCAUGUCGGAGGAUAUAUGGGUGUCGGGAACAAUUAUAAAGGGGCAAGUGUGGGAAGGCGACUUGGUGCCCAAGUUCUACAACUACUUCAAACAAGAUGACGAACUUGUAUUGGUCGACAUCGGCGGAAACAUCGGCGUGUACGGCCUAACGAUAGCUAGAAUGGGGAGAAAGGCUGUACUAGUCGAACCGCUUCUGAAGAACGUGAAGAAGCUGUGUCACUCCAUCCGUGACGGCAAUUACUCACACGUCUACAUCGUACAUAACGCCGUCUCCAACACAAGGGUCAAGGUCGAAUUUGGGAGCUACGCCAACAACGUCGGUGGCACGUACGUAAAGCCUGUCAUGUCAGAGAGCCGGGAGACAGCACAGUCGUUGCUGCUUGGUGAUCUACUGGAGGUGUUUCAGCUCCGCAAGGUUGCCAUGAAGAUGGACAUUGAAGGCCACGAGGAUGAAGCUCUUCUGGGUGCGGAGACAUUCUUCGCCAAGGUGGAUGUCAGGUAUCUAUUGAUGGAAUGGAACACACACAUCAACAAACCGGAGGCUAGGCAUAUCAUUGACUUCCUCACCAAACACAACAUGGUACCCGUACACCCGGUGAACGAACAUAUGCUGGCCUUGAACGGAUCCGGGCAAUGGCCAGGGGAUGUGCUGUGGAAGAAAGAUGUAUGAGGU